ACUGCGGACCACAGCACAGGGGUUACCAGAAGACUGCGGACACAGUACAGGAUUGACCAGAGACUGCGGACACAGUACAAGGGAUACAGAGACUGCGGACACAGCACAGGGGAUGACCAGAGACUGCGGACACAGUACAGGGGCAUGACCAGAGACUGCGGACACAGUACAGGGGAUGACCAGAGACUGUGGACACAGUACAGGGGAUGACCAGCAGAGACUGCGGACACAGUACAGGGGAUGACCAGAGACUGCGGACACAGUACAGGGGAUGACCAGAGACUGCGGACACAGUACAGGAGAUGACCAGAGACUGCGGACACAGUAACAGGGGAUGACCAGAG